AUGAAAAAGUACACUCCUCCUCUGAAAGAUCGAAAUGGAUCAGAAUAUCUUCAUAUGAAUGAACUAUUUCGAGGACGUUUUACAGUUAAAGGUUUAAUCGGUCGUGGAGGUUACGGUCAAAUCUAUCAUGCAUCUGAUCCAGUGUUUCCCGAAGAUGUCGUCAUCAAAAUAGAACCAGUUGUUAGACGUGGAAGUACGAGUAAAAGAAUGCUUCUGGAGCAGAAGAUACUGUAUCGUUUGCAAGGAAGACCCCAUGUUCCGAUUAUGUGUGCUUCUGGACAUACAGAUCAACUAAAUUUUAUUGUUAUGCAACUUCUCGGGCCAAAUAUUGGAGAUUUGAAGAAACGUAGUCCGGUGAAACGUCUCAGUCCAAGUACAGUAUCUCGAAUUAUUAUUCAGGGAAUCGCUGCUCUUCGCGAUGUUCACUCGUUAGGAUAUAUUCAUCGAGAUGUGAAACCAGCUAAUAUGUGUUUCGGAAUAACACAAAACACUCGCCACGUAUUGAAAUUAGUCGAUUAUGGACUUGUUAGAAGAUAUAUGAAUCCAGAUGGAACACGUAGAAAGCCACGUUUAAAACCUGGAUUCCGUGGAACUCUCCGUUAUGUUUCUGUUCGUGUUCAUGACCGAAAAGAUCAAAGUCCAGCGGAUGAUUUCGUUUCAAUGGCGUACUCUGGUGUCGAGUUGCUUCUUGUGAAUCUUCCAUGGAAACUCUCGAGUAUUGAGGAUCUCAAAAAUGCAAAAGAGGAAUUUCAGCAACCGAAUUCUCCGUUCCUCCAACUCACCGGCGCUCACUAUACAUUGUUUUGUGCAGCUGUUUUCAGCCUUCGCUCUAGUGAUGAACCAGAUCAUUCUGCUCUACAGGCUCUUCUUUUGGAAAUGAUGGGUGACAAAACAAUGAAAGAUGCUUACGACUGGGAAGAAAAUUAUAGAGAUGCAUGUGGAAGCGUGAGCUCAGACCUCAAGGACUUUGGAGAACUUUGA